AUGUCACCCCGGCAAUCCGCAUCUCUCCAACCCAAUUUCCCAGGUCCAAGUAGUUCCAGACACGCCAAAAAAGUCAUGUACCGAGAAAGACAAAGGUCUUCUAGUCCAGAUCAGUCUUCCAACCUCGCAGAGUUCGUCGUCAACAUAACCUCCUUCCUCAAGGAGACAUUGCUGAAGGCGAUUGUGGACACCUCCAACGAAAACAAUAAACAAUUGAACGAAAGCAACAACCAAAUGAUAUCCCAACUCCGCGGCAUCCAAGAUGCGAUCCAGUCCUGCGACCCGAACGUCACCAACGCUCUCGCGAGUCCUGCAAGCUACCAAGAUCUUCUUGAAUUCAAGCGCGUCGUCCUGCAGAGCCUGGUCAACCAGAACCAGUCACUAUUGGAGAUGAAGACAGGCCAAAGCAUGCUCGACGACAAACUCCGGCGCCUCGUAACUCUCGUCGACGAGCAGUUGACCGCCCUUUCGCAGGGGGCCGGAACCGGCCCUUCUCUCGCCUCGGUCGCAGCAGACGUGGAGGCCGUCGAAAAGCUCCUGAGGAGACACCGGCCGGGUCUCGAACAGCUGGAGAAGAUGUCGGAAUUCCGGCGCCGACUUCUCCACAUCGAGGAGCUCGCAGCACCAAUGGCAACGCUUGAGACCAGCAUCAAGACGCAGUUUGGAUCUGUUCACAAGAAGUUCUCUGACAUGGACGGGAAGAUGACAGACCUGGAGCGCUCCGUUUCCGACCUCGCCAACUCGCACUCCGCACCGGCGACUGCGCCUUCUCAGCCGCCCCUCAACCCCGAGACGUUCGCCACCGCGGUCAUGGAGAACAUGCGUCCCGCGGUUACGAGCAUGGUGCACGAGUCCAUGGCGAGCUUCGACUGGUCCCGAAUCCAGGUCCCCAUUCCCAUACCGACUCCCACCACCGAGAAGCAACCCCCCACCAUCUCGGACAGCGAGAAAGAUACUCAGAUCGCAGACCUCAGCACGCAUCUCGCCUCCGCCCAGGACGAAGUUGCCACGCUCAAGGACGGCAUGGCAGCCUUGCAGCAAGACCACGCCUCCUCCCGGGAUCUUCGACGCAGAUCCGUAGUGUCUCACAUAUAG